AUGGGAAUAGUGGCGCUUCCCCUUCUCCCGUUUCCUCUCUCCACCCCCAGCCCCAGGCCGGGGAGGCGGGAGGCGGCAGCGCUGCAGCCCGGCCACCGGCGGGGCACGGGGCCAGAGGCAGCUCCGCACGGCCCCUUCUCCGCCUCCGCAGAAACACCUGCUGGGGGAAGGAUGCCGGGAGGUGGCCGCCCCCCUCCGCGGGAGCGCGGGCUGGCUCCGGAGCCGCCCCAACGAGAAGGAGAAGAAGGAGGAGGAAGCGGAGAGGAAGAGAAAGGAGCAGGAGGGAAGUGGGGAAGUUGUGCCUUGCCCGCCCCGCCGAGAGCCGGAGUCAUGGGCCCCACCGGGGGGGCGCGGGCCGCCCCCUCGCUGCUGCUCUCGCUGCUGCUCGGAGCCUCGGCCCCGCUCUGGCUGCGGGCGGAGACGCUGGGGGAUGGAUGUGGGCACACAGUGAUGUAUCAAGACAGUGGGACACUGGCAUCUAAGAACUAUCCUGGGACAUACCCAAACUACACUCUUUGUGAAAAGAAAAUCCAAGUGCCUCCAGGAAAACGCCUGAUCUUGAAAAUUGGAGACCUGGAUAUCGAAUCACAGAAAUGCGAGUCCAGCUACCUUACCAUCCAGAGCUCUUCAACAUUGCAUGGGCCAUACUGUGGUAAUGUGAUGCCUGUCCCCAAAGAAAUCAUUCUAGAUAGCAAUGAGGCAACUAUUCACUUUGAGAGUGGAUCCCACGUGUCAGGACGAGGCUUUUUGUUGUCUUAUGCCAGCAGUGAUCAUCCAGAUCUAAUCACCUGUUUGGAACGAGCAAACCACUACACAAAGGCUGAAUUCAGCAGAUACUGUCCUGCUGGCUGCAGAGACAUAGCAGGUGACAUUUCUGGGAAUAUUGGAGAAGGAUACAGAGAUACAUCUCUGCUGUGCAAAUCUGCGAUCCACGCCGGCGUGGUGGCGGACGAGCUGGGCGGCCAGAUCAGCGUCACGCAGCACAAGGGCAUCAGCCGCUACGAGGGCGUCGUCGCCAACGGUGUCCCCUCACUCGAUGGUUCUCUGUCAGAUAAGCGAUUUACGUUUACUUCAAAUGGCUGCAACAAAUCUCUCAGUCUGGAAGAGGGAUUCCUCUCCAAGAGCAAGGUUACUGCAUCUUCCUACUGGGAGGAGACCAAUGAGUUUGGGCAACUACUCCUGUGGUCCCCAGACAAGGCUUGGCUACAAGUCCCGGGAUGGUCUUGGGCUUCUAACCACAGCAGCAACCGUGAAUGGCUGGAGAUAGACCUGGGAGAGAAGAAGAGAAUAACGGGGAUUAAGACCACUGGUUCUGGAUCCAUGAAUUUCAACUUUUAUGUGAAGACAUUUACAAUGAACUAUAAAAAUAAUAAUUCAAAAUGGAGAACUUACAAAGGGAUUCUGAGCAAUGAAGAAAAGGUAUUCCAAGGCAACUCCAACUCUGGUGACAUAGUGCGCAACAACUUCAUCCCUCCCAUCGUGGCCCGUUACGUGCGGAUUAUCCCUCAGACCUGGAACCAAAGAAUAGCACUGAAGCUGGAGCUGAUGGGCUGUCGAAUAAUGCCAGCUAACAGUUCGUUCACGCAUUCCAUGUGGCAGAAACCGAGUCAGAGCACAGAAACCUCCCUUGGAAAAGAAGACAGGACUGUUACAGAGCCCAUCCCCUCCGAAGAAACUAGCUUGGGUUUAAAGCUUACAGCUAUAAUUGUCCCCAUCUUCAUUGUGCUGUUUCUGUUCUUGUUCUCUGGAAUUUGUAUCUGCACAGCCCUACGCAAGCGAGAAGCCAAAGGACUUUCCUAUGGAUUAUCCAGUACUCAGAAAUCAGGUUGUUGGAAACAAAUCAAGCAGCCCUUUACCAGACAUCAGUCAACUGAAUUUACCAUCAGCUAUAAUAACGAGAAGGAGACACCACAAAAGCUGGAUCUGGUCACCAGUGACAUGGCAGAUUAUCAGCAGCCUCUCAUGAUCGGAACUGGGACAGUAACGCGUAAAGGAUCUACUUUUCGCCCCAUGGACACCAAAGAGGAGGGAAGAAGGGGGAGUUCUGAGUUUGAAAAUCACUAUCACUGCCCUCACAGAGCUAACAGGCACGAAUAUGCUCUGCCCCUGACCAGCCAAGAGCCCGAGUACGCCACCCCCAUCAUAGAGCGGCACAUAGCAAGAGAAAAUAAUUUCCCCCCUGAGAACGGCUACAACGUUCCUGUCGCCUCAUCUCAGAUACAGUCCCUUACCGCUGGCAGCUUCUCCAGUUCGUGUAAAACCGACACCAGGAACGGAGACUAUCAGACACCCCAGAGUGUCAUAAACUAUGACAAACCCAAAGUUAAUGGUGUUCUGACCUCUGUGAGCUACAGCACAGACUACCAGAAACCCCAGCAAACUGCUCUCGGGGGCGAGGGUUACUCCACGCCCAGAGACUGCCUAAAGCCCAUAAGCCAGACAGCAAUGACAGCUCUCUUGUGAUUUGCCGAGCAGGAGCGGCACGGUGCGCAGGAACGUCACCGCACAGCUUUCUGAAGUGAAAACAGAGUUUGGAGGGACUCUGCUGUGGGAGGCAGAAGGCAAACAAGCCCUGUGUACAUAAUAUUGCUGUCUUGCUGGGUUCUGACAUCUGAAGAAAGCAUAUGCUGUUUAUCACUGUUUAUAGCAAGAGAGAUGUUAUCAGUGAAGACUGUACAUCUUAUUUUCUGUAACUGAUCUCAGUGCUCCAUUUGCAAUGUGUGCAAUUUGUACAUAGCUUUUAUUUAAGGAGAAUUUCUUAGGUUUCCUUUUCACCUGGGGGUUUGAAAGGAUUGCAGGAAUGCCUAUUUAAGAAAAACAGUCCUCUUUUUCUGUCUUUAUCUUACCUGCUGCUGUACUGGCAGCUGUAAAUGGUGUAUCUUAUGGUUGUGUUGAUUCAUUUCCUUUCCUAUGAUAACUGAAGAUUGGGCUGUAGUUCUAAUUGGGAGGAUAGAAGUUAAACUUCUUGCUGCAUAAUGUGCAUGAGAGAAGGCAGCUGAGUAUUUAAAUACUGUGCUCAAACACAACUUCCCAGCUGCUUUUUUAGCAGCAAUUCUCACAUGCUUGAAUUUGAUCUAGUGUACAAGCUGAGCCCAUUGAACUUGCAGUUCAUCUUAGGAAACAGGUCAAAAGGCUGAAACUGGUUUUGGGUUCAAGCCAUGGUUAUCACUCCACAACAAGGGAAAAAAAAAACAAAAACAAAAACAAACAAACAAACAAAAAACCCAAGACCAAACAACAUAUCCAAUACCAGUUAAUCUGGAUAAGUUUUGUUGGGUUUUUUUUGGUUUUUUGGUUUUUUGUUUGUUUUGUUUUGUUUUUUUUAAUUUAGGAAGUGUGUGUAUAACCAAAAUGUGAAUUUACAGCUGGGAAGUCAAUGCUGUUCAAGCCCUAGCUGAUUCUUUUGCUGCUAAAACUAUAAGGAAAUUUGUUCCUUGGCACAAAGCAGCAAACUUCCUGAACUCUUUAUUUCUCCAUUAGGUAUUUUUCUGUUAUAUAAAUUUAGUGUAACAUUUGUCUUAGAAGUAUUUCAACUAACUGAAACACAGUGUGUGUAUGGGUUACUGUUGCAGUUAAAUUUGCAAGACACCAGAUCAGCACUGUUGUUUUGGAAUAGUUUUUCUUUUGCAGCUAAUGUUUCCCUUAGUUCCGUUUUCAGACAAACUUGAAAAAGCUUGGGAUUGGGUGCAAUGUAUCGCACAGUAGCUGGCUCCUCUUUCAGCAGGGGCAGCUUUGGAGCAGAACAGCUUCUGGUCAUGACUGGGACCGUUCACUGCCCUUCUACCUCCCGGACUUGGGGCAUUUCUUUGAAUUCAAAAGCUUGUCCUAAAAUGUCAAGAAGCUAUAUACUUCUGUGAAUAAAGAAUGGUGCUAUACUUAAAGCACAAGGUUGGGAAACGAGACCAGUAAAACCUGAGUUCUGGGAAAGCCGCUCUUUGAAGGCCCUCCCUUUAUUUCCUUGUAUAUAAAUGGGGUGAUUUGCAAAGGAUGCAACGAAGACUGAUCAGUCUGUUCGCAGAGUGCUUUCAGAUCUCUGGGUGGAAAGUGCUGUCAGAGGACAGACUGGUUGCAGUGGUACUGCUCACAAAUACUGCUGACUCCGGCCAGACCUGAACUUAAGGCAAGCUCUGAGUGGGUUCUUUGCAUACCCUUGUUUUGCAGCCUCAGGUGGUGCCAUUCCCCCGCGCUGCCACACCGUGCAUGCGAUUCCCGUGCAGAGAAGAAAGAGUCAAGGUAACCUCGUAGCCUUCCUGUGUUUGCUGUCAAUACAGUUUCUGUGAAAUGUCUAAAACACCUCAGGUCCUGAAGUGAAACAGCAGCAGCCUGUUUGUUAGACCGAGCUGGGCGGUGUUGUUUACCUUCUGUUGUUUACAUGUCUGUGUAAAUAAAGAACACUGGUAUUUGUAAAUCAGCCA